AUAUCGGCAACCAUGGCACAGCUACCCGUUUACAAUCCGCCAUCACCAUUUCUGGGUAUACUACCAGCUGGAUUGGGACUGUACAGAAAGAUCACAAUCCGUGGAAGAAUGACUCACGACAUGUUCAACAUAAACCUGCAGUGUGGCCCUAACGUAGACCCGAGAGAUGAUGCGGCUUUACAUAUAAGCAUUCGACCGCGGGAAGGUUUGAUAGUGCGCAACACCUACCAAUUCCGAAGCUGGGGCGUUGAGGAAAGGUUCGGUGGAUGUCCGGUGCAGAAGAAGUCGUACUUCGACGUCAGCAUUACAGUGAAACCGGACAGCUACGGGAUUGCCGUGAAUGGGUGCCAUUUCUGUGACUUUAACCAUAGGCUACCGUACGCCUCGGUACGAUUCAUACACACCGGUGUCGGGGCACAGAUCGAUGCGAUCAUAACAGAGUGA